UUCUUCAGCCGCGGAUCAUAGUCCGCCAUUCUCUGUUACUCUAAGCAUAAGUAAUUAGGUAUACCUUCAUCGUUCUACAGCUUUGAGCUUCAGCACAUUUCUGAAACCCUAGAGUACUUACAAAAAUGAGUUACGCGGCGUUCAAGAUGAUGCACUGGCCGACCGGAAUCGAGAACUGUGCCUCCGGAUUCAUCACGCAUCGUGCCGAUUUGGUUCCAGAGAUCCCUCUAAUCCAAGCCGACGACAUGGAAUCAGAAUGGCCGGCGAGGAAAGGAAUUGGGCCCGUCCCUAACCUCGUUGUAACUUCUGGUAACGUUCUCGAGGUGUACGUUGUCAGAGUUCAGGAAGAGGAUAACAGAGCUUCACGGCCUCCUUCAGAAGCGAAUCGUGGUGGUAUCAUGGCUGGAAUUUCUGGCGCUUCGCUUGAGCUAGUCUGCAACUAUAAGUUGCAUGGUAAUGUGGAAACAAUGGCAGUGUUGUCCAUGGGCGGUGGUGAUGGUAGCAGGAGAAGAGAUUCAAUUAUCUUAGCCUUUCAAGAUGCAAAAAUUUCAGUGCUUGAAUUUGAUGAUUCAAUACAUGGACUUCGUACAAGCUCUUUGCACUGUUUCGAGGGUUCAGAGUGGAAUUAUUUGAAAAGAGGUCGUGAAUCAUUUGCUGGAGGUCCAUUGGUAAAGGUUGAUCCUUUGGGCCGUUGCGGUGGAGUUCUUGUUUAUGGCCUGCAAAUGAUAAUACUUCGGGCUGCUCAGGCUGGUUAUGGCUUAGUUGGAGAUGAUGAGGCUAGUGGUUCUGGAGGCACAGUAUCUGUUCGAAUAGAGUCAUCGUAUGUAAUCAGCCUACGUGAUUUGGAUAUGAAGCAUGUGAAAGAUUUUACAUUUGUACAUGGUUACAUUGAGCCUGUUAUGGUAAUCCUUCAUGAACGCGAGCUUACAUGGGCAGGACGUAUCUCUUGGAAGCAUCACACAUGCAUGAUUUCUGCGCUUAGUAUUAGCACUACUUUGAAGCAGCAUCCCCUCAUAUGGUCUGCUGUAAAUCUUCCCCAUGAUGCCUACAAGCUUCUUGCAGUGCCUUCUCCUAUUGGCGGUGUUCUUGUAAUUAGUGCAAAUUCUAUUCAUUAUCACAGUCAGUCAGCAUCUUGCACAUUGGCCUUGAACCCUUUUGCUCUUCCUGUUGACAGUAGUCAAGAGAUGCCUCGAUCAAGUUUCAAUGUGGAGCUUGAUGCAUCCCAUGCAACUUGGUUGCUGCAUGAUGUAGCCAUGCUAUCAACUAAAUCUGGGGAACUACUCCUGCUGACAUUGGUUUAUGAUGGGCGGGUCGUGCAAAGACUUGAACUUUCAAAGUCUAGAGCUUCAGUUUUGACUUCGGGAAUUGCAACACUUGGCAACUCAUUCUUUUUCUUGGCCAGUCGUUUGGGAGAUAGUAUGCUUGUGCAAUAUACUUGUGGGAUGGGAACAUCGAUGUCAACUUCUGCCCAUGUGAAGGAAGAGGGGGGAGAUAUUGAAGCCGAUGCCCCUUCAGCUAAGCGGUUACGAAGAUCAUCAUCUGAUGCUUUGCAAGAUAUUGUCAGUGGUGAGGAGCUUUCAUUAUAUGGUACAGCUCCAAACAAUUCAGAGUCAGCGCAGAAGGUUUUCUCAUUUGCAGUCAGGGAUUCCUUGAUUAAUGUUGGUCCUCUGAAAGACUUCUCUUAUGGGUUGAGGAUUAAUGCCGACCCAAACGCAACAGGAAUUGCUAAGCAAAGCAAUUAUGAACUGGUGUGCUGUUCUGGUCAUGGAAAAAAUGGUGCUCUCUGUGUUCUGCAGCAGUCAAUACGCCCAGAACUAAUCACUGAGGUUGAGUUACCUGGCUGUAAAGGAAUUUGGACUGUCUACCACAAGAGUGCACGUGGUCUCAAUACAGAUUCUAAAGUGGGAUCUGAGGAUGACGAGUAUCAUGCAUAUUUGGUUAUCAGUCUUGAAUCCCGAACUAUGGUACUUGAAACUGCUGAUCUUUUGGGAGAAGUUACUGAAAGUGUUGAUUAUUAUGUUCAAGGAAGUACUGUUGCUGCUGGGAAUUUGUUUGGAAGGCGCCGAGUUAUCCAGGUGUUCGCGCGUGGUGCUCGUAUUCUUGAUGGUUCCUACAUGACUCAAGACUUAAGCCUAGGAGUCCCUAAUUCUGAAUCAAGCUCAAAUGCUGAAAGUUCAGCAGUAUCAUCGGUUUCUAUAGCUGAUCCAUAUGUUUUGCUAAGAAUGAGUGAUGGAAGUAUUCGACUUCUUGUUGGAGAUCCUUCAACUUGCACCGUCUCUGUUACUAUUCCUUCAAUAUUUGAAAGUUUGAGGGAAUCAAUAUCUUCCUGUACACUUUAUCAUGAUAAGGGACCUGAGCCAUGGCUUCGCAAAGCGAGUACAGAUGCAUGGCUUUCUACUGGAGUUGGUGAGUCCAUUGAUGGAGCUGAUGGGGCACAUGACCAGGGUGAUAUAUACUGUGUGGUUUGUUAUGAAAGCGGUACCCUUGAAAUCUUUGAUGUGCCUAGUUUCAAAUGUGUUUUCUCUGUGGAUAAAUUUGUGUCUGGUAAAUCCCUCCUAGUAGAUACUUUUGUCCGGGAACCAUCCAAUGAUCCUCAUUUAUCUAGGAACAAGAACUCCGAGGAAGUGGCUGGGCAAAUCAAGAAAGAAACUGUACAGAACAUGAAAGUUGUUGAAUUGGCGAUGCAUAGGUGGUCAGGGCAGCAUACCCGCCCAUUUCUUUUUGGAAUAUUGACUGAUGGAACAAUGCUUUGUUACCAUGCUUACCUAUAUGAAGGACAGGAAAUUAUACCAAAAACUGAAGAAGCAGUUUCUGGACAGAACUCAGUUGAUCUUAGCGGUAUAAGUUCUUCUAGGCUUAGAAAUUUAAGAUUUGUUCGUGUUCCCUUGGAAACCUUCACGAGGGAAGAGGCUUCAGCGGUGAGCCCAUGCCAAAGAAUCACCAUUUUCAAGAAUGUUGGGGGUUACCAAGGUUUGUUUCUUUGUGGGGCAAGGCCAGCUUGGUUCAUGGUCUGCAGGGAGAGGCUUCGAGUCCAUCCACAGCUAUGUGAUGGGUCUAUUGUUGCCUUCACGGUUCUUCACAAUGUAAAUUGCAAUCAUGGGCUUAUAUAUGUUACCUCACAGGGUUUCUUGAAAAUUUGUCAACUUCCAUCUGUAUCAAGCUAUGACAACUAUUGGCCAGUUCAAAAAAUUCCUUUGAAGGGCACUCCGCAUCAAGUCACCUACUUUGCCGAGAAGAAUUUAUAUCCUCUUAUAGUUUCGGUUCCCGUUGUUAAGCCACUGAAUCAAGUCCUUUCAUCUCUUGUUGAUCAAGAAGGUGGAAAUCAAGUAGAGCACGAUGGCCUAAAUUCUGAUGACCUUCAUAGGACCUACACUGUGGAUGAAUUUGAGAUUCGGAUUUUGGAACCAGAAAAAUCUGGUGGCCCCUGGCAAACAAAGGCUACAAUUUCAAUGCAAAGUUCUGAAAAUGCACUAACUGUACGAAUGGUUACGUUAUUUAAUACCACCACAAAAGAAAAUGAAACACUUUUGGCCGUUGGGACGGCAUAUGUGCAAGGAGAAGAUGUGGCUGCGAGAGGACGCGUGCUUCUAUAUUCAAUUGGAAGAAAUACUGAUAAUCCUCAAACUUUGGUUUCUGAGGUUUAUACAAAAGAAUUGAAAGGAGCUAUCUCUGCUUUAGCCUCACUUCAAGGUCAUUUGCUGAUUGCAUCUGGCCCUAAAAUCAUCUUGCACAAGUGGACUGGUACUGAGUUGAAUGGUGUUGCAUUUUAUGAUGCACCACCACUGUAUGUUGUGAGCUUAAAUAUUGUCAAGAAUUUUAUUCUGCUUGGUGACAUUCACAAAAGCAUUUACUUUCUUAGUUGGAAGGAACAAGGUGCUCAAUUGAGCUUACUGGCCAAAGAUUUUGGUAAUCUUGAUUGUUUCACCACAGAGUUUUUGAUUGAUGGAACUACUUUGAGUUUGGUGGUGGCAGAUGAACAAAAAAAUGUUCAGAUCUUCUAUUAUGCACCAAAGAUGUCGGAGAGUUGGAAAGGGCAGAAGCUUCUAUCCAGAGCUGAGUUUCACGUUGGUGCCCAUGUGACGAAGUUCUUGCGCUUGCAAAUGCUCCCAACUUCUUCUGACAGGAGUGGCGGCCCAGGCUCUGAAAAAACGAAUCGCUUUGCCCUAUUAUUUGGUACCCUUGAUGGGAGCCUUGGUUGUGUUGCACCUGUUGAGGAGCUUACUUUCCGCAGGCUUCAGAGUUUGCAGAGAAAGCUGGUCGAUGCUGUUCCCCAUGUAGCUGGCUUGAAUCCAAGAGCUUUUCGACAGUUCCGUUCAAACGGAAAAGCUCAUAAGCCGGGCCCUGACAACAUUGUCGAUUGUGAGCUGCUCUGCCAUUACGAGAUGCUGCCAUUGGAGGAGCAGCUGGAGAUUGCUAAUCAAAUUGGCACAACCCGUGCUCAAAUCUUGUCAAACCUGAAUGAUCUUUCUCUUGGCAUGAGCUUCUUGUGAGAGUCAUCUGGUCUCGGUUUGUCGGCUCCUCAGAAUGUAUGAAGGGAAAUUUGAUGUCGGAUUGUCCAAGGUGUAUGCUUCCAGAUGUAUACAUGAAAGGAAUUGCUUCUGAAGCAUGUCUAAACCAUAGACAAAUACUAAUCUGCUAUGACACCGGAUCCAAUCCACACUGGCAGUACAAGUUCUGGGCAGGACUUCAAGCAUUUUUUCCGGUCAUGGUAUGGCAACGUCCAGCUGUUACCGGUGGAAAUGGUCAAAUAUUGGUUAAUUUCGGUCACAGUUCUAGUGCCAUCUGAUUAUGUGCUUUUAGGAAUUAAAACUGAUUUACACUUCUAUCAUUGGGCCCUUUUGCUUCUAAUCUGGUAUAAUGAAUCUGUUCCAGAUAUUGUGAAACCACAUAGAAGUGGAUUUUCUGAUUCAGAUUAGUUCUUUCUUUUAGAGGACCAGUUGCCCCUUAUUUGGGCAACAAUUUGGUAGCCACCAUGAUAGUGUGUUGGACCAGGUGACCGUUGUGUCAAAGGUAGUGAUGCCAGGGUCCUACCUGGGCGCGUAGACUAUGA